AUGGCUUCCAAAACAGCCUCUGAAGGCUCUGCUGCCAUGCAGCAACAACCCGUUCAAUCUGAAUCUCAGCACACAUCUGAGGUUCCCCAGCAACUGCCAAGUAGUUUACCCCCUGUGGAGCAUGCAUCGUCACCACCAGCGAUGGCUCUUGCUCCCGCAUCUACCACUAGAGAUGCAGAUUCUGGACUGCCGACCUUAGCGCCAGCCCCUACUGUGCACUCGAAUGUGCUAUAUCGACCAUCAGGCAUUAUCACCAUGCCUGAAGGUACUCCUGCCUCCAAAACAUCAGUCAUUGGACAUCUUUGUCCAGCAAUGUUUUCUGACUCUCGAUCACCAGCACGUUCGAUUGCCCCUUCGCUACGAGCCAUGGGUGCAUACGACCAGUCCCCAGGCUCAGCGCCUCCAGCUUACACCAAUGGAAUUCCUGAUGGGUUUCAUUUCCCACAGGUAUCCCCUCACCAUCCUGCAAGUGAGCAGCUCCCAGAACUGUCACCCCCUGUCACCUCCCUCUUGAUGUCGCACAACUCCCCAAGUGCUGAAACCCAAGGGGAGACUAUGCCCAGCCUAUUUCCUGAAUCACCUGAGGCCACAACCGAGGACGUGAACCGAUUUAUUGAGGAACGUGUUCACAUUGCCGCCCGAUGUUAUGAGGAUGGUCUCCUCUCCAUUUCUAUGCAACGGCAGACAGUCAAUGGUACUAUAUUUCAUGGUAUACCUAGACUAGCAAUUAAUAAGUUCUUUGCUACUAAUUUGAACGCCUCUGGGCAUUUCAACCCCAUUCCGACUGAUGUGAGACCCAAAUUAGGUGAUUACCACCACAGUAUAGAUGAGUACAGCAUGAAUAUCAAUGCCGCUGUCAAUAACCUCAGUCUACCUCAACAAAAGGGUAUACGGAUUUCGGUUCCACAUAUACAUUCAGAGGUUUACCACCCUCUCCGAGCUCGAUUUCCACCACCUGAAAAUUCCUCUUGGCCGCUGCCUGGCCUUAACACCACUCAUGUACCAGCAAGAGAUCAUCCCUCGGUAUCGCGAGCCUCAUCGCAGACUAUAGUAGACUGCAUUGAAGAACAAAACAAAGCUUUGAUCUGUAAACUCAAGGGUGAGUUUGACAGCGAUGCAGAUGAUGAAGAUGAAGCUUCUCCAACUGCGAGACGAGAGAGGUAUGCCCCCCCACAUUGUCGACCAACACCUCAACACCCUAAGGUUGAGGAUAGCGAUUCAUUUCAUCAGUCUGGUGUUGGGAACUUGCACAACCAAUCUGCUAGGCCAGUACCUGUGUCCAGGCCAUGUUCCCAUAUUGCUAGCCAUGAGACAAGGCCACAAAGACCAGUGCAUGCCCCAGAACAACCUACUCGUGUAAGAGCAGCUGCACCAGAUCCAAAUCCAGGAGACGAUGGGUCUUCCAGUGAUUCGCAUGGGUCUGCACCAGAUCCUCCGAAUUCACCACAUAUCCUUCACCCUGGUCUACCACCGUUGCCUUCACGUCGUCCUGCUAUGUCAGCAUGUCCUCAGCCUGACAACUAUGAUCUCCGUGAACCUGCUAGCUACUUCGAGUCUGGUGCAGGUCGUCCUCCUAACGAUCCUCCUCAUCUGCCACCACCUGGAGGACCAGGAUCUCAUCAUAGUGGUUCCAGUAGCCAACAUUCAUCACACUCUGAUAACCCACGAGCUCACGAACUGACUCCUGCUCAUUUUCAGGAAGUCCGUUUCACAUCUCAGGAACCUCAUUUCAACAACGAGGAGAUAUUCGAGUAUCUCCCUGUUAUGAGGACUGAGGUCGAGAUCAUGCUGGCUAUUUUCCAGUGCUAUGAAUGCCUCGUGAACCACAACCUCCUGCAUGCACAACGAGGACUGGACUCUAAUGUCCAGAAGACAUCAUUACAGAGUAUUCCUCACCCCCAAAAAUAUGAGGGAGACUCGGACCUCAUUGAAUUCAAUGAAUGGAUAUUCUCCAUCAUUAGAUGGAUGAAGAUCACGAAUAUAUGUGGCCCUGUGUAUACUGACAAUGAAUGGGGUGGCCAACAACUUUCUGCGAUUGAUAUGCAGCAUAUGAGCACUCUUGCUACCUUUUUGGGGGGAGAUGCCCAUAUGUGGUAUAACAAUGUGGUUGAGGAUGCACCCGCGACUUAUGCCAAUAAUGAUAAUGGGGAUGAUUUCCCUACUUUCAUGGAGGAGAAUGCUAAGGCUGCAAAAAAGAAGCAUUCCCCAUCACCUUGCAAGUUCAAAAAGGUUCAGGGUGAGCACCAUAGUACUCAACCCAACCCUGGCUAUGAGAAAUUUAAGCACAUAUGUGAUCAGCCUAAGAAGGAUCGCCCAUCUUCAGGCCACAGAUCAUCAUACCCUAGCCAUUCCAAGGACAAGGGUAGAUCAAAGUCCAAGAUCCUUACAUGCUAUGCAUGUGGGAAAGAAGGGCAUUACUCCAAUGAUCCCUCAUGCCCUGAUUAUGGAAAACGGAAUUCCGGGGUGAAGAUAUUCCACAUUGUCGAUGACAAUUCACCCACAAACUCAGCUUCUGACCAUGAGUCCUCUGAAGAAGAGAGUCACUCAGAUGUGGGAAACCCUCCAGAUUGGACUCAUUUCUCAGAAGAUGAGCCUGGAAGCUCUUCUGGCCAUCAAUCUGCGAAUAUUUCAGAGACUGAAGACCCAUAUGGUGGAAGUCAGUAUACUACUGAUGAAGGUACAGCUGAUAAGCAUAUGGGAUUUAUCUUCAAUGAAUUCAAUGAUGAAACAGAUGCAAUCGAUAGCUCUGGGCCAUCAGACCAUGAAUGCAACUCUAGGGCUUAUAAUUCCACUAGUAAAGACUCAUCCUCAAAUCUAGAUGUGGACAGUGACAGGAUGGAAUCUCAUGACGAGUAUACCUUGGAUUUCCCAGAAUACCUUUGGGCUAUUCAAACUGAUCAUGCGAGUGAUGGCAAGAUCAAUGGGUAUCGACUGACACUAGAGCCUACAAAAAUUCACGUGCCUCAAACUGCUUCCCACCCAAAGCAUACUGCAGUUGAUAAUCAUUGCCUUGCAGCACUGGUUACUAUUAAUGGGUGUGAGGCUUUUACUCUCUUUGAUUCAGGGAGUAUGGCUGAUGCUAUCAGCCCCAACUUCACUUGCCUCUCAAAAUUAAGCAUAUUCCAGUUGUGUAACGAGCAUGCCGAUGGAAACCCGACUUCCACUCAAUCCAACAAACCACAGCCCGGAAUCCUACGGAUUCCGAUUCCCAGUUUCUAUUUCAUAUUCCAUUUUAUAUUUCACUUCUCCAUAUUAAUUUAUCAAUAG